AUGCAGAUGCCCGGAGAAAGAAAGUCGAGAUACCGCCGCGCCUACCUCGAGGAGGCUUGGGGAUCAUUUGACGCAAUGUUCCCCAGCAAGUACCGACCAGGAUCUUCCAAGAGAAGAUUCGACACCAUCCACCGCCGGUGGAUUCACUGCUUCUACCAAAUCACGAAACAUGCCGAGGACAACGGCAUCCCGCUGACGACACUGUGGGCCGCAGGAGGUUGGCUUUUCGAGGCCGUCACGGGGAGAGAGCCCGCAAGGCUCACCCACAGCAUCUUGAGAAAAGUCAAUCGCAGCCUUGGAAUCGCCGACGAGUACAGCAACGCUCGCAGACAAUCGGAUUCAUCCCGCGUCGAUGCAUUUGUCGACCUCCAAGACGGUUCGAGUCAAAUCUCGGCCAGCGAAGUUGUUCACAGCACCAGCUUCGUCGCCGAAGAGAAGAUCAAGUCGGAAUCCGAGUCCGAGUCCGAAUCCGGGUGCUACUCCGACUCAACCUAUGACGAGAGGGCCCAUCUUACUCUGAGAGUCACCAGAUCCAGCUCUCGCCCCAAGACUCCUCGCCCGUACAGCGACAUGUCGCGACCUGUCACGUCCGCAACGAAGGUCAAGGCCGAAUCAAUCGAUUCGCCGACCGCGGAUAUCAGAAAUCUCAUCCCACCAUCACCCGUGCAGACCCUCCAGUCCAUGAGCCGAUUCAUGAGCCCUUCGCCAGGCGGUUCCGACAUCCAAAUCGACACACCCCAGCACAGCUCGUCGAAGAGACGGUUUGAUCAAGUCGAAGCCUCAUCAGCGAACCAGUCGCCGGAUUCGAGGUUGCCACGAAGGGCAAGACGGCGAAGGCUUACUACAGCUGGAUCGGACCAGGAAAGUACUUCACCGACGCAGUGGGAUCGAGCAAGCAUGAGCGUCGAGAACACCUACGCCAGAGAAGCAUUCAACGAGGCAUUCGCUCGGUGGUCUACCUUUGCGACCACAGAAAAGAAGCAGAAUACCGGAGACAAGAUGAGAGACCUGGGAAAUUGCGAGGAGGAACUUCGCCGUUUGGAACAGAAAUUGGCACUUGCUCAGACAAGGCACGACAAGACUCACCAGCAGAUUGAGGCCAUCGACAAGCUCAUAGCAGCUGCGGCCCCUGGCCAAGACGAAGGAGACGGGAUCGGCAUCGAAAGAUCGAGUGGCGGCGCUUGGGCAUCGCUGCUUGCUACGGCAGAGCGCACACGAGAGGUCUUGGAGGGAGAAGCACAGGAGCAGGUUGAGGCACUGUCUACCGCCGUUGAGGCUAUGAGAGCAGAUGUGGCACGUCUGACGGACGAAGCUGAGAUGCAGCGGCUGGUGGGAGUGGUGGCAAGAGGGAUGGAGGACCUCUCGGGCCUGGUUGAGAAGAGAUACUGA